AUGGAAGAGGCACGUAAAUUUUUUUUCCAAGUGCAUCAUCAACGUUUCACAAUAGAGCACGCGUGGAGGUUGUUGAAGGAUGAAUCUAAAUGGAAGGGGCAAGAAAUGGACAACUCUUCAAAGAGAUCAAAGAUAUCCUCUAUCAGGACAUAUUCAUCGUCAUCUAAUCCAGAAAAUCCCAUAGAUUGUUCAGAAUACAACAAUGCAACUCAGACCGACCGCCCAGCAGGACAAAAGGCGGAAAAAAGGAAGGGCAAGGGAAAAACAUCUCCAUCUAUAACACCCAUAGUGGAUUUGACUGACAUAGAAAGGGCCUCAGAAAAGAAAUUAGCUAUCUAUGGUAAAAUAGCUGAAGCAAAGUUGGCAGAGAGCAUACCCGUGUUGUAUGAAAUUCUCAUGAAGGACAAAUCAACAAUGAAUGAUGAGCAACGUCGAGAGCAUGAAGAAAUUUGUCAAAGUAUCAAGGAGAAGUACUUCAAGAGAAGCUAG